AUGUCUUCGAUCACAAAUAGCAUCCGCUCGACAGGCGCCAGUGAAGAUGAAUCCGAUGAAAUCUCGCAAUCUGUAACACUUGCAGGGCUUAGCCCCACGUGCCAGACCUGUGUCGAUAUCUGGGCUUGUCUGAACCGACUCACAUCACAGCGCUCGUAUACCCUUGGAUCCUUCGCGGACGUCCUCGCGGCUGGAUGUCCAGACCACACGCCGCUGAUACGAUCACACGAGGAGGCCUGUAGAGCAUACGGUACAGACACAAGCCAGGGCACGGUCGAAGUCACGUUUGAACCAAAUACAAGUACGGCCAACUUGCACGACUCGAGGUACAGCCGCCAGUGGAAUAUCUCAAUUGUCCAAGAGCCAUCUAUCCCCGGCCACCAAGGAACCACAAAAGUACUGAGUCCAGAAUGGGCAGACCUAAAGGCUGCCAAGCAGUGGAAGAAGCAAUGCCUUGAGGACCACGGGGAAGCAUGUGACGACACGAUGGGUGUCAAGCCAGAUAGACCUGCGUGGGUCAUUGAUGUGCAGGAGAACUGCAUCGUCCCGGGAGAAAGCUGUCCCUCUUUUGUGGCAUUGAGUUACGUAUGGGGAAAGUAUUCCUGGCUGAGGGUCGAUGCGGAGACCUUGAAGUUGAUGCAGAUACCUGGUGCACUCGUCGAAAAUCCCGAGAUUGCUACAAACCUAGCUCCCAUUGUCUGUCAUGCCAUGUAUUUGACAGCUUUCCUCGAGGAGCGCUACUUGUGGAUUGAUUCUAUCUGUAUUGUCCAGGAUUCCGAGAAUCUUGAGGAUCUUAACGAUCAGCUGAAUCGCAUGGGAGGCUUCUACGGCAGUGCAGUUGUCACGAUUAUUGCGGCCGACGGGGACUCUAAAACAGGGCUGCCCGGGAUAAAAGGGGUUUCCCAGCCUCGACAGCUUGUUCAGAAAAUCAUCCCGUUCGGAAAGGAACGACUGGUGGUGAGCUCUAUAUUGGACGACCGCCGACACAUUCUUGGAACUGACUAUGACCGCCGUGGUUGGACAUACCAAGAGUACGAAUUAUCAAAACGACGUUUGAUAUUUCAAGAAAAGAGGCUCCGCUGGGAGUGCAAACGCCAUCUCGUGCACGAAGACCUUGUACACCCCACUCAGGAGAGGCCGAGGUGGCCAGCUUUGCUUGACGUCGCGAGAGGUUUUCCCGACCUGUCUGCAUUGCAGUUUACGAUGCUCCGAUACAACAGCCGCAAAUUCAGCCACGAACAAGAUGCGAUCCCGGGAAUAACUGGGCUUCUGUCCAUCUGGAGUCGCACAUUUACGGGCGGGUUUCUCUGCGGGAUGCCAGAGAUGUUCUUCGACCGCUCGCUGGGCUGGAUGCCGCGAGAAGGGAACACGGACCUUCGACGACGCACAUCUUCCCAGUCGGGCCAGACGGAGAGGGAGAGCGACACGUCGAUGGCCAUCCUGCCCUCUUGGUCAUGGCUUGGAUGGGAGGGUGAAGUGCAGCUCACCAACAACUUUUGGGGCGGAGCAGAGGCGAUCCGGUACAGCUAUGGUAGCUGGGAAAUUGAAGAGACGAUUCCGACAACAACCUGGUACACAUCCAGCGAGGCUCAUGGAGGAACUAUGCGAAGGAUACGGUCGACAUGGUAUGGAAAUCGUGAUUCCCUAUACAAGGAUGAUCGGAGACCUCUGCCUCCGGGCUGGUCCCGAAGUCCGCCGUUCAUACCCCACAGCUCGGAGCAGGGUAGGCCCUCUCUGUAUCCUGCUGGGUGCAAGGAGCAAUUAUUCAAGCAUGACAGCCAGUGGUGGACUACGUGGUAUUACCCAUUUCCGGUGGUUAAUUUCGCGGACGCGCCCCAAGUUGUGCCUAAGCAGACUAGCUAUCUCUUCUGCAAGACACAGAGAGCACGUUUUUUUGCGUCUCCCAAGAUAGCUGAGAAAAAACCCAACGAGCGGAGUAACGUUUUGUCGUUGUAUCUUGGCCCGAAUGAGGAGAGUAUAGGUGAGCUCCAAGCUCACAAUGCUCGAUUCGUCGAAGACCUUUUUUCUGCCGAGAGAGCUGGUACCGAAGCGUCUGGGAACGGUCCACCCAGCCUCGCUUCAGUGGAAGUCAUUGUCAUCUAUGAGUCGCUCAUGAAACAAACCGAGAGGAAAACUGGGGACGCACAAGAUGAGCGGAGUGAUUCAUGCAGCUGGCGUAUAAACACUUUCCACAAGUAUGCGGUACUUUGGAUCGAGUGGGAGGAGGGGGUCGCUUACAGAAAAGGCAUUGGACAUGUGGAUAAAGCAAGUUGGCAGAUCUCAACACCGGAGAACAUCGACUUGGUCCUCGGGUGA